AUUCCUCUGAGUAGAUACCUCAACUUUCAAAGCUCCAGGAUUUCGUAUUCUUGUUCCCAAACUUCAACAGAUCAGAUCAGAUCGGUUUUAUUUUGUUCAUCAAAACAUGGCUACAACUUCCAUCCUAAGAAGGCUAGCGGGCAAAGUUGCUGUGAUAACGGGCGGCGCCAGCGGGAUUGGCGAAUGUUCGGCGAGUCUUUUUGCCCGGCACGGGGCGAAGGUGAUCAUUGCGGAUAUCCAGGACGAGCUGGGCCGCGCCGUGUGUGACGAAAUCGGAGACGACGUGUCCUACGUGCACUGCGACGUGAGACGCGAAUCCGACGUGGAAAACGCGGUGAACGCCGCCGUGUCCAAGCACGGAAAGCUAGACAUCAUGUUCAGCAACGCGGGAGUUCCCGGAAAGGGGGGAGAGUCAAUCCUCGACUCCAACUACGACAACUUCAGACACGUGUUCGACGCCAACGUGUUCGGAGCGUUCCUGUGCGCAAAACACGCGGCACGUGUCAUGAUCCCGGCGAGGAAAGGCAGCGUGAUUUUCACUUCCAGCGUGGCUUCGGUGACGUACGGCGACGUGCCGCACGAGUACUCGGCGUCGAAGCACGCCGUGGUGGGUUUGGCGAAGAAUUUGGGAGUGGAGAUGGGGAGGUAUGGGGUGAGAGUGAACUGCGUGUCGCCGUUCGGAGUGGCGACGCCGAUGCUGAGGGGUUGCAUAGGGAUAGAUGAGAAAGAGAAGGUGGAAGAAUUUGUGUGUGAGAUAGCAAACUUGAAGGAAGCUAAGAUGGAGGCUAAGGAUGUGGCAGAGGCGGCAUUAUACCUAGCAAGCGACGAAUCUAAGUACGUUAGUGGUAUCAACCUCGUCAUUGAUGGUGGAUAUAGCACAACCAAUGUUGCUCUCUCUCAAUCCUUCAACAAGCUAGAUUAAGAUGUCCUCAUAAAAAUUCCAAAGAAUGUAUCUCAAAAGUCAUGGAUUGUAAGUUCUAUGACAUCUUUAUUGUUAUUUGCUUGUUGGUUUAAAUUUUAUAUCAGAAGUUAAUUA